UUUGAUACGAAUGGUUUGAGCGAGCAGCCUGACUUCAUUUUCGUGGCGAAUCUGCUGUUGUGGUUCUCACUGAGCAAGAUGGCGGUCCCUACAAAACAGUAUGGGCUGAUCUUAUCCCAGAAGAAGGGAACAUCAAAGGCAGUCCUUUCCAAACCCUCAAUAUUUGGGGAUGACUCCGAUGAGGAAACAUCAGUUGGGGAGAGUUUGCAGAAAGAAGCCAUCAAAAAGAAAAUGAUGAAGCAGACUCGUUUGGAGAUGCAGAAAGCCCUUGAUCAGGACAGCACUGUGUAUGACUACGAUGGUGUCUACGAUGACAUUCAGAAACAGAGGCUGGAAAGCAACAAAAAAACUCUAGGAAGUGCUGACCGAAGGCCAAAAUAUAUCCAUCAGUUAAUGAAAGCAGUCGAAGAUCGAAAGAAGGAACAAGAGCGACGAGAUGAAAGAAAAAUUCAGAAAGAAAGAGAAGCAGAAGGGGAGCAGUAUGCUGAUAAAGAAGCUUAUGUGACCUCUGCCUAUAAGAAGAAACUUGAAGAGCAGAAAGAGGAGGAAGAAAAGGAAAGACGACAGGCAGAGAUUGAAGCUGCUUUGGAUGUAAGGAAACAGAAAGACUUGAGUGGUUUCCACCGACACCUGCUGAAUCAAAUUGUUGGAGAGGAGGCAAUACCUGAUCGCACAGCAAACAACAGUCAAAGUUCUGAUGCUUUAAAGGAAACAGGGACGUCGUCUGUUCCCACGGCUACAUCUCAAAAGAAUGACCCAAGUUCAGGAAGUGAGAACGAGGAAAGUCACGAAGAGAAGACGGGGUUCAUUAAGCCUGGAGGAUCUGCACACUCAAAUCGCCAGUACCGACAAAGAUCGCCCUCAUCAGGGAGUGAGGAGAGGGAAGCAAAAAGGGACGGAGACAGGAAAAAGAAGAGCCAUAAAGACAAAGACAGAGAAAGACACAGAGACAGGCACAGGGGUAGAGAACGGGAUGACAGAUAUGGAGACAGAAGAAGUGACAAGGAUAGAAGGAAAGAAAGAGAUAGAGGUCGUGAUGAUGACAGAAGCAGAGGCAGGGGGGAGGCUGAGAGGGAGGACAGGCACAGAAAGAGGGAGAGGAGCCCCAAAGAAAGAGAGCGAGAGAAGAAUGGCACAAUAGAAAACAGGAGGAAUUCAAGUGCAGACAAACAUGAAAAAGAAAAAGAACAAAAGAAGGAACAAAAUGUUUUGAUGCCUGAGGAGAAAGAUGCUGAAAAACAAGGUCAAAAGAGUGAUGGUGAACAGAAGGAGCAGGAGGAAGAAGAGGAAAAGACAAGCAAGUUUGCAAAACGCAGCACGGAGCACACUGUGAGUUCAGCUCGAGAGCGGUAUUUGGCUAGACAGAUGGCCCGUUCAUCCUCGAAGAGCUACGUCGAGAAAGAGGACUGAGUUUAAUCAAACUGUUACCAAGCUGCACACCUGUUUCUGUUCAGAAGAUAAAAGUAAAGGUUUUAGAUCAUUUGAUAAGCUGAAAACUUUCUUCUUAUUUGUACAUUUCCAUUUGACCACUUUUAUUUGUCCCAACUGAAGAUUUAAGUCUAGAAAAGACAAACGUGUAAUUUUUCAACUUUCAAACACCCUAGAGAUGAAUUAUUCCUCCAGCUAAUGAAAACUUCAUAUUGUUAUAUAUUCUUCACCCCACCUCACUGUUUUGACCAAAGGGUUGAUGAGAAAUCCACUAAAUCAUGGUCCAUUUGUGCUUUGAGUUUAUAGAAAGCAUUUCAAACCAGGUUGUGUAAACAGGUUGGUCAGUUCGGUCUGGAAUGGUUAAGUCUUGACUCGCUUGUAAAUAUUUAGCUUCAACUGGUUGCUGAAUCAGGUUGAAGUGUGGAGUUGUGAAAGAACAUUUUUUGGCACAUUAAAUAUUUCUUGUCCACA